AUAUUAUCGGUUGAAUGGAAGAAAGCGAGUUAAGAAACCGUGCCGUUCCGGGCCAGUCCACGCCAGGUCGACAUAUGAGAGACAGCUGCAGUCAGAGUGACAGCAGACUACAAGGUCAUGGCCCCAGGCUGUCAAAGGUAAACCUGUUUACAUUGUUGAGCUUGUGGAUGGAGCUGUUCCCGCAGGGGCAACCUGAAGAGGAUGACUGUAGUGAGAUCCGCAGGACGGGUCUGGUGGUGGUACGAGACAGUAAGGUGGUGGGACUCCACUGUUCAGGACCUGAACUCCACGCAGGACAGGCAGCCAUCAUCCAACACGGCGCCUCCUUGGCGGACUGUCAGCUGUACUUCUCCAGGAGACCCUGCGCCACCUGCCUCAAGAUGAUCAUCAACGCUGGAGUCAGUCAGAUCUCCUUCUGGCCCGGAGACCCCGAGGUCAGCAUGCUGAGGUCCACCUCUGCAAACCAUUCAAACUCCCAAUCCCACAAUCUACCUGAAGGCAUCCCGGAGGAGGCUGCACUGGACGCCGUGGCAACAGAGAGGCUGAAAUCCAACAGCCGUCCUCACAUCUGCGUGCUGCUGCAGCCGCUGGCUCCUGGCCUGGCGCAGUUUGUUUAUGAGACAUCCAGAGAGUGUGACUUUAUGGAGAGAGUGAGUGAUGAUGAACCCGGGCUGAACAAAGAGGAACUCUUUAACAGUGGGCGGAUGAGACACCUGAAAGAUUUCUCCAGACAGCUCUUGGUCAGGACUUCCCAGCUGCACCAGCAGAUUUUGACCCACAUGGGUCUGGAGAACUUCUGUGCGGACCCGUACUUUUCUAUGCUGAGAAACAAUAUGAGGGAGCUGGUGGAGGUUCUGGCUGCAGUGGCUGCCGGGGUGCCAGAGGGGCAACACUACGGCUUCUACAGGGAACAGCGUCCAGUCUCUGAACCAUCAGCAGCCAAGUCCUCACUGCCUCCACAUCAAGAGGGACUGUCUCAAGAAGUGGCUCGCCAUUGCAUCAUCCAGGCCAGGUUGCUGGCUUAUAGAACAGAGGACCCUAAAGUGGGUGUGGGUGCUGUCAUCUGGGCUAAAGGACUGUCGGCUGGCAAUGAUGGAACCGGGUGUCUGUGCCUGGUAGGUUGCGGGUACAAUGCCUACCCAGCAGGCUCACAGUACGCAGAAUACCCGCAGAUGGACAACAAACAAGAGGACCGACAGAGACGCAAAUACAGAUACAUUGUCCACGCAGAGCAGAACGCCCUCACCUUCAGGACUCGACAAAUCAAACCGGAGGAGACCACCAUGCUGUUUGUUACGAAAUGUCCGUGUGACGAGUGUGUCCCUCUGAUCAGAGGAGCUGGCAUCACACACAUCUACACCACCGACCAGGACAAGGACAAGGACAAGAUAGACAUCUCCUACCUGAGGUUUGGCAGUCUGAAGAACAUCAACAAAUUUAUAUGGCAGAGGAGCCCCUCAGUUUGCUCAGCAUCCUCUCCUCACCACACCAACGGUUAUGUUGGGAAGCACAGCAGGCAGACUGAGCAGGAGAGCCACAGCACCAAGAAGCUGUGCACCAACAGAUCCCACGACUCACCUUCCGUCCGCUGAACGUCAGCUGCAGGCCGAUGGUAGGGCAGAUAAUGGACAAACCAAAAACUACAAAAAAAGGUUUUUAGCUGUCACGCCACAGAUUUGAUAUUUCUUUGCUACAUCCACACAACUACAACUGGGGGAAAUCCGAAGAUCAAAUCUGUUGCACACAUAAUUUUAUGCUUUUUGUUUGCUCCUUCAUGAAGAACUUUGAUUGGUUUUAUGACUCAGGGGUCACUCUGUAUGUUAUGUAAUCAGGACGUAGACAUUUACACCCUUCCUGUGUCUCCUCGGUACGCUGUUAAACCUGCUGCUGCACGUUUAUGUGCUACAUCAGCCGGCAGCUGCAGUUUUCAGUUGGAGAGUGGUAAAAAUUGAAAUCACUACAAAGCUGAAUUUGAAUUACCAGAGGCUGCUUUAGAUCGGUGGUGUUGGUGGUGGGUGACUGGGGGACGUGGUUUUGGCAGCGGGUUCCAAAGAUGAGAAAAAGCUGAAAACCAGACAACAUGCUGACCCCAAAGGUUAACCACUAAGAAGGGACGGACGGACGGACGGAUGGACGACAGAUGGACAGAUGAACAAAGGGAUGUAUGGAUGGAUAGAUGGAUGGAUUAAAGCAGGGAAUGACAGAGGGAUGGAUGUGUGGAUAGACGGACAGACAAAUGGACACAUGGAGGGAUGGACAGGUGGAGGAAAGCAAGUACGGGGAUGGAGGAACAGAUGGAUGGAUGUAUGAUUGGAUGAAAGCAUAGAUGAACGGUUGGGUGAAUGAAUGGAUGGAUGGAUAAUCAAUCAGUCAAAUUUUAUUUAUAUAGCACUUUUCAACAUGGAUAUGCAAUCACAAUAAAGGCAUUCAUAUUUAUAUUAAAUAAGCAAAAAUGUAAAACAGAGUAAUUAAAACCAGAAAAACAUAAAAUAGUAAGACGCUACAUAAAAGCCAGAUAGGUUUUUAGUUGACGUUUAAAAAUAUAAAUAUUUGUAGCUCCUCUCAGAUCCUCUGGCAGGCUGUUCCAGCAUUUUGGAGCGUAGUGGCUAAAAGCAGAAUCACCAAAGAUUUUGUUUUGACUCUGUGGAACAGCUACCAAAGGAGUCGGAGGAUCUGAGGGGCCUAUCUGGUUCAUAAACUAAAAGCAAAAACAAAAUCAGAAACAUAUAUCAUCCCUAGAUUUCUUGCUUCUUGGCUCAGGUUUAGUCCAAGUAUGUUUAGUUUGGAGGUCAGUUUCUCUCUCUGAGCCUUUGAUCCAGUGACUAAUGUGCAAAUCAGUUAGCUUCUCCUGCAGUUGUUUGAUUUUGUUAUAUUUGGUGCAGAUAAAGUUGUCCAUAAAAUCACCCUCAUUGAUGAUUAAAAACAUGUCACAAAAAAACUUCA